CCACUUCUGUCCGACAUCGUGGUGGGUAUACCCAGCGGCUUCUACUAAUUUUUUCAUGUACCCACUUGUGUCUAUUUUUUGACCCACUUUUGUCCAAAUUGUACCCACUUUUGUCCACUUACGGACAGCGGAAACCGAGCGGAAAUCGACCUCCACGUCACCGCACGGCAGAACAUCGAAUAGCCUCGGAACGUCUCAGAACCUCCCAACACCGUUUCCAUGGCAUCUUUCGUAUCCUGGCUGCCGACUGCGGACCGACCGCGGAGGAACAUGUCAGAAACAUGCCAGACCCCUUCGGUACAGGCACGGGAAAAUAUACGAUACCCGGCACAGCUUGCCGGCGGUACCUUCCCGACGGGAAGAUACUGCCGGCAAGCCCCGCCGCCGGCAAGCACGGCAUAAUGCGUGACACACAACGGACAACAAAACCAACGGGUCGCGCAUACAGAACAAAAAGACGCGCAUCCAUACAGCAACACCACCACACACGCACACAACACACGACGAGUGCACACCGACUCGCGAGGGCAGCAGUAGCAUGUCGAGGCAGUUUGCCCUGCAGGGCGCCGGCGCAGGGCCAAGCGCGGGCGCACCUCCGUCAACUGCUGGCGGCGCCAUGAGAUACGGUCAGAUUUUUUCGUCAUCUCGGGAGUUCAAACGGGCGAUUGAGCGGUGCAUGAUCUCGACGUCUCGGCAGUGCCGCCUCGACAAGAGGGUUAGUGGCGGUCGGGGCAAGCUCCACCGCUGCACUGGAGCAGUGAUCAACGGGAAGGCGACAUCCGGCUGCCCGGUACUUGCCCGGGCGUGCAAGCUUCACGAUGGCACCUGGAAGGUGACGGAGGUCGUCCUGGAUCAUGUGGCGUGCACAGGCCAGGCCGGGAACAAGAAGCAGCGCAUCAACCGCCGCUGUGUGGAGGAGGAAGCGGCGGCGCUUGUGAGCUCCAACCGUAGCAUCACCUGUCCGGCACUCGCGAAGACUCUAAAGGCUACCUCCGGCGUGGACAUUAGCGAGAGGACCGCUGGCCGGAUGCGCGCGGACAUCCUUGGGAAGGGCAAGGACACGAUCGCGAAGGAGUACCAAUUACUCCAGAGCUAUUGCGAUCUUUUGGGAAGGGACAACGGCAACGUUGUCGAAUGCAAAGCAACUGCCGGCGUUCAGCAGGAAGACUUCGUGACUUUGUGCGACACUCUUACUUGA